AUGGUCCCAGAGCAGGGCCCCGCCACCAACAGCACCCCGGACUGGGAGUCGGGGCCGCCAUCGGAGCCGGGGGGCAGCGGCUGGGUGGCGGCCGCGCUGUGUGUGGUCAUCACGCUGACGGCGGCGGCCAACUCGCUGCUCAUCGCGCUUAUCUGCACGCAGCCCACGCUGCGCAACACGUCCAACUUCUUCCUGGUGUCGCUCUUCACGUCGGACCUGAUGGUGGGGUUGGUGGUGAUGCCGCCGGCCAUGCUGAACGCGUUGUACGGGCGCUGGGUGCUGGCGCGGGGCCUCUGCCUGCUCUGGGCCGCCUUCGACGUGAUGUGCUGCAGCGCCUCCAUCCUCAACCUCUGCCUCAUCAGCCUGGACCGCUACCUGCUCAUCCUCUCGCCGCUGCGCUACAAGCUGCGCAUGACGCCCCCGCGCGCUCUGGCGCUGGUCCUGAGCGCCUGGAGCCUGGCCGCGCUCGCCUCCUUCCUGCCCCUGCUGCUGGGCUGGCACGAGUUGGGCCGCGCGCGGGCGCCCGCCCCGGGCCAGUGCCGCCUGCUGGCCAGCCUGCCCUUCGUCCUGGUGGCGUCGGGCCUCACCUUCUUCCUGCCCUCGGGCGCCAUCUGCUUCACCUACUGCAGGAUCCUGCUGGCCGCCCGCAAGCAGGCCGUGCAGGUGGCCUCCCUCACCACCGGCAUGGCCGUCCAGGCCUUGGAGACGCUGCAGGUGCCCAGGACCCCAUGCCCCGAGGUGGAGUCAGCUGACAGCAGGCGUCUAGCCACCAAGCACAGCAGGAAGGCCUUGAAGGCCAGCCUGACACUGGGCAUCCUGCUGGGCAUGUUCUUUGUGACCUGGCUGCCCUUCUUUGUGGUCAACAUAGCCCAGGCCGUGUGCGACUGCGUCUCCCCGGGGCUCUUUGAUGUCCUUACGUGGCUGGGUUACUGCAACAGCACCAUGAACCCCAUCAUCUACCCACUCUUCACGCGGGACUUCAAGCGGGCCCUGGGCAGGUUCCUGCCGUGUCCCCACUGCCCCCGGAAGCACCGGCCCAGUCUUGCCUCGCCCUCCAUGCGCACCUCUCACAGCGGCCCACGGCCGGGCCUGAGCCUGCAGCACGUGCUGCCCCUGCCCCUGCUGCCGAACUUGGACUCGGACUCGGACCCGGGCUCGGGGGGCUCCUCAGGCCUGCAACUCACGGCCCAGCUGCUGCUGCCUGGAGAGGCCACCCGGGACCCCCCGCCGCCUGCCAGGACCACUGCCACAGUCAACUUCUUCAACAUUGAUCCUGCGGAGCCGGAGCUGCAGCUGCAUCCGCUUGGUACCCCCACGAACUGA